AUGACCACGGGCGUUCUUGUUCCUCCUGCGCUCUCGAUGACUCUGCGUGGAGAGUUCAGCAACAACACCGUCAACGCUGUCGGCAUCAACUGCACCGGCUACAUCGCCCCGAAUAUCCUUUUUGACCUCGCCCCUCUUCCUGGCAUCAUCUUUACCAUCGACUCGAUGACGUUCGUUGGCUUUGAGACCUCGCACUGGAAACCAGGUGGUAUCGUCCGUGUCAGCGGCGCUUCUUCCACCGGUGCAAUUGUCGUCCAAAACGUCACUGUCGACUACAUCACCGCGCGGAUGGGUGCUAUCGUCGGCGUCGACGGCAAUGCUCAUGACGGUGAGAUCCACAUCAGCAACUCAGACUUCUCCCACAUCUCGGUCUCUUCUCAGGGCGGCCUGGUCUUUAUCCCCGAGUCCGCCUUUGGCUGGCACGUCACCAUGCGCAACAUCCGAGUCUCCCACGCCUUUGCCCCUGCUGGUGCCGCCGUCGCGUUUGUCCGCCACUCACACCUUGUUGUCGACGGCGGCUCGACCUUUGUCGACACCCAUGCCGAGAGCGGCUUUGCCGGAGCUGUUCAAGUCAGCAACGGAUCGCUUGUCAUGGCCCAUGUCUCCUUCGAUGACUGCUCCAGCACCUUUACCGGCUGUGUGGGUGUCACCGGUGCCGACGGCGUGGUCACCAACGUCACCGUCGUCCGUGCGCAUUCUACCCAGGGCGAUGGCGCAGCUUUCUCGGUCGUAAGCGACUGUCCGCUCAACGCCUCACUCACGCUUACCGACGUCUCGGUCACCUACUCGGAGGCGCGCCAUGGCGGCGCAGUCCGGGUUUAUGGCAUGGCAGACUGCGCGCCGCCAAGACUAAUCAUCGCGCGCAGCACCUUUGCCCACAACGUUGGCCGCCUCCGUGCUGGCGCUAUCAACGUUGGCAACGGCAUGGUUGUCAUCGACAACUCUGUCAUCGUCAACAACACCUCGCCGCUUGGCAGUGCCAUCUACACCAACGCCAUGCUUGCCGGGUCGGCGGUCACCAACUCGCUCAUCACGGACAACCUCUCCACCGACAAUGCCGCCACGGCCUCAGCUGUUUUUCUCGGCGCAGGCUCGCUCGUCGACUUUGCCGACUCGGCAAUCUGCAGUAAUCGCGCCCCGCCGUGCCGCAAUGACAUCUCCGCCGGGGCGCCGUACGUCCUCAAUCUCAGCGGCGGGACGACCGAGGCUGAGCGUCCUUGCCUACACGGCCGUGUCGCAUCCUGCCUCCCUGGCCCCUCCCUCAACCUCACAUGCGUUGCAUGCCACAAAGGCUGGGCCGGGCCCCGCUGCUCGCGACGCGCGCACUGCGUCAACCCCAGCGGCGAUGUUGAGUGUGCAAGCAGUGAUGUGCAGUGCUUCGAGUGUGAGGCCGGCUACGGUCGCACCUUUUUCAAGAGCAUCUGCGAAGAGUGUGUCGCCGCAGAAAGCAAGUACUUUGUCUCACCCACUGUGCCGUGUGGCAUCUGCGACGAAAACUGCCUCGACUGCACCGGCAGCCCUUCCAACUGCACCGCCUGUGUCUCGCAUCUGAUGCUCUCGGCCCCGGGCGUGAACGGGAUCCGGGUCUGCCACGUCGCCAACUCGGACAAGGACGUGUGCGACGUGUGCUUUGGCGGCGGAAGCAGCAUCGACGCCUGCGGCGUCUGCUUUGGCUCCGAUGCUUGCGUUGAUGCCUGCAGCGUUGCAUGGGGUGACAACAGCACAUGUGCCGGCUGCGACGGUGUUCCGCAUUCAGGCCGUGUCCGUGAUGUGUGCGGCGAGUGCGGCGGGGACGGCUCGUCUUGUCUCGGCUGUGACGGCGUUCCUGUCCCGCUAGGUGGCGCUCACUACGAUGCCUGUGGUGUGUGUGGCGGGAGUGCCUCGGGCGUGUGUGUCGCCUCGUGCGACAACUCGACGUUGACCCCGGUUGUCUUUGACUGCGCUGGCAUCUGCAACGGCUCGGCCUUUGUGGACUCGUGUGGCGUCUUUGCCGAUUUGUGUGGCGUCUGUGGCGGCGACGACUCGACCUGUGCUGGCUGUGACGGCCUGGGGGGUACCAUCGACGUCUGCGGCGUUUGUGCCGGAAACGGAAGUACGUGUGCCCUAUCGUGUGAUCCCUCGCUGGGCCACGCCGUCGCAUACGACUGCAACGGCGUGUGUGGUGGCAGCGCGCUCAACUCCGAGUGCGGUAUGUGCGUGGGCGGAACGACUGGCAUUCCGCCUGCCGCCUUUAUCGACUCGUGCGGCAAGUGCUUUCGCGGCAACGCUGAUGUCGACGCGUGUGGCGUGUGCUUUGGUAACAACGCCGAUCGCGACGCCUGCGGCGUGUGCCACGGCGCCAAUGCAGCGCUCGACUCAUGCGGGAUCUGCUUUGGUGGCGGUAGGUUCGAGGAUGUGUGCGGGGUGUGCUACGGCAACAGCACUUUGUGCGCCGGCUGCGAUGCCGUCGUCAAGUCGGGCCUCGUCUAUGACGACUGCGGCGUGUGCGGCGGCGAUGGGGGCUCGUGCACGGUGGCGUCCGCUGCAAAAGCCUGGAGCUCGCAAGCCCUUGUCAUUGCUACAGCUACGGUCGGGAGCUGUAUUGCCGGUGUCGUCGCAGCCGUAAUCGCCGCGCUGGCGGCCAAGCGCCGGCGAGUCCAGUCGGCGUACGUGGCGGCCAAGAUGGCGACCGAAGGCGAGACUGCGCCUCACGGCAAAGUUGCAGUCCUCAUCACUGACGUUCAGUCGUCGACCCACCUAUGGGAGGCACACCCAUCCGCCAUGGUGGCUGCCAUCGACGCCCACAAUGACGCCUUUCGCCGUCUCCUCGCCCGCCACGGCGGAUACGAGGUGCGGACCGAGGGCGACUCAUUUGUGGUUGUCUUUGCUGAUGCGGCUGCCGCUGUCGCUGCUGCCGUCGACAUCCAACGCGAGCUCAUGGAGCUUGACUGGCCUGAAGAGCUCCUUGUCGACAGCCUUGUCCCCACCGUCGAUCAUGUGUGGGUCGGCUUGCGAGUCCGGAUGGGCAUCUCUCUGGCGACGGUCGCGCGGACUUGGGUGGCGCGGACGGAGCGGUUCACCUACGAGGGUCCCGGCAUGGUCGAUGCGCAGAUGAUUGGCGAUUGUGGGUGUGGCGGCCAGGUGGUUGUCGACGCCGACGUCGCCACUGCCGCAACCGCAGCCGGCUUUCAUCUCGAACGCCUCGGCAACUACUCUGCGCCGUCGUCGAGCAAGGCGUACGAGCUCUGGCAAGUCAUCAUCAAGGACCUCACUCACUUGCGUGGCCUCGAUGCCUCCAGCAUCCGCGGCCUUGCCCGUCUCGCUUCGGCCAGCUCGUCGAGCUCGAUCGCAGACCCGCCGUCAUUGACUAGCACUCCUCCGCAACCACCGCUUUCUUGUCCGCUCCCUCCCGUCCUGGGCCCACAAGGCCUCUCCAUCUCGCAGCCCGAUAGCAGGGCCUUGCUCUCAAGAAUACGGAACCAUCGGAGCGCAAGCGCCGUCGCUCUCACUACCGCGUACGCAAGCCAGGACGAAGACUCGUCCAUCAAGCCGGGCACCCAUCGCAGCGGAACUCCGACGCGCAGCCGUCGCAACCUGCGUCGCAACUCGCGCAACUAUAGCCCUGGCUCGAGCCCCACCACCGACCGCAUCACGCGCGUUUCCAGCCUUCGUCGCUUCUCAUCUCGGCGCAUCUCGCCGGCUUCUACGCUCACCUCCAAGUCGAACAACUCUUCGCAAGACGGCGCUGGCCCAGCAGGAGACGGAUCGUAUCGUCCCUUGCUCAAGACAUCUGAUGACGACGUCGAUGACGACGUCGACGAUGGCGAUGGGGACGGUGUUGAUGAUCCUAGCUUGCUCAUAUCACUGUUCGUGGAGGAUUUGUCGUCGGAUGGCAACUCGCUACCGGCCGUUCUCAACUCGUCAGGCAUCAAUGCCGAGUCGCUGGCGAGCUUCCUCAACUCGGUCUCGAUGGACCAUGCCUCCAGCACGCUCUCGACCAUCGGGUCUACCGACAACGAAGGCCUUAGCGACGACGUCAAGCUCGUGCUGCAGAAUAUUGGCGAAGUGACGACCGAGAGUGAUACCGAUGAUGACGACGAGUUGCGGGCCGCCCGCGAACUGGAAGCACGUCAGUCGGGGUAUGUGGUCGACUCGCCGACAUCCGGCAACAUUUGGUGGCCCAAGCUCCAGUCGCACAAGGUCUCGCUCUCGGAGGAAGACCUUGUGCUUAUGGCCGACGACCCGGUUGAGUAUCUGAAGCGGCGGAGUGGGCGCGUAACCGAGUGCAUCAUCCACGCCCAGGCGCAGUGCCUGAUUGACACGCCGGCGGCGCAAGUCUUCGGCACGCUCCUCGAGGCUAUUCUCACCUUGACCGACUCGGAGUACGGGUUCAUCGGCGAGAUCGUCGACGUCAAGGGCGAGCCAGUCCUGCUCACCCACGCCAUCACCAACAUUGCGUGGAACGACCAGAUGCGCGAGUACUACGACAACCAGAUUGCCACCAAGGGUGGCUUUGUCUUUGACAAUCUCAACACGCUCUUUGGCCGAGUCAUGAUCACCGGCGAACCGUACAUUGCCAACUCGCCCGACACCGACGAGUUCCGCUCGCCGGCCGGUCGGCCCGAGGGCCAUCCGCCGCUCAACGCCUUCCUCGGCGUCCCGCUCAAGCACGGCGGCGAACUUGUCGGCAUGGUCGGCGUCGCCAACCGGCCGGUCGGCUACACCUCGCACGUCGUCGAGUUUCUCGAACCUCUCCUCCUCACUGUCGGCAACAUUGUCACCUCGUUCCGCAACCAGCGCAUGCGCCAGUUUGCAGAGUCCGAAGUGGAGCGGAUGAAGAACAGGUUGGAGCGGACCGUCCGCCGGCGAACCCGCGCCCUGCGCCACAAGAAUACCCUCCUCCGCGCCGCUGUCAUCAAGCGCAUGGAGAUGGAGCGGAUCGCCAUCACGUUUGCAAAGACCCAGUCGGCCUUCCUCGCCAAGAUGUCCCACGAGAUCCGCACCCCGCUCAACGGUGUCAUCGGCAUGUCCGAGCUGCUCGAGCUCUCGCCGCUCAACGCCCAGCAGCGAGUCUAUGUCUCUACCAUCCGCUCCUCCGCCAACUCGCUCCAGGCUGUCAUCUCGGACGUCCUCGACUUUUCUAAGAUCGAGUCAGACAACCUCUCGCUCGAGGCCAUCGCCUUCUCGCCCGUCGAGCUCAUCGAGCAGUCGGCCCAGAUUGUCGGGCCCAAGGCCGAGAGCAAGGGUAUCGGCCUCGUCGCACACGUCUCGCCGGCCACCGCGCUCACUGUCGUCGGCGACCCGUCGCGUCUCAAGCAGGUCAUCCUCAACCUCGUCAACAACGCCGUCAAGUUUACCUCUGUCGGCCGCGUCGUCAUCCACGUUGUGCCAACCGAGACUUCGUCAACGACCCAGAACCUUCGCAUCACCAUCGAAGACACCGGCAUCGGAAUCUCCGAUGAGCAGCUCGAUCGCCUCUUCCAGCCCUACCGCCAGGCCGAGGCCUCCAUCGCCCGCAUGUACGGCGGAACAGGCCUCGGUCUCGUCAUCUCCAAGAAGAUAGUCGAGCUCAUGGGCGGCUCCAUCACUGUCGAGUCCACCGUCGACGUCGGCACCUCGUUCAUCGUCGACAUCCCGUUUGCGCUCCGCGCCGACAGCCUCGCCCCCGGUCCGUCGGCGCUCGGCGGGCCCAACUCGACCUCGGUCGACAACUCGAUCUCCACAGACUCGGCUGUCUCCUCACUCAUGUCUUUGCUCACCAUCCGGGAUCGCAUCGCCGACCUGCGAUUUGUUGGCAAGCGCGCGCUGCUGGUCGAGGCCGACCCCGUCGCCUCGUCAGCCAUGGAACUUUACUGCUCCACCAUCGGCUUUGAGGUCGAAACCGCAGAAUCCGGCAUGCGCGCCAUGCUCGCUGUCGCCAAGGACACAGCCACCGCCAAGGCCAUCCUCGACAAGCGGCCAUACGCCUACAUUUUUAUCUCCACCGAGCUUGGUGACGUUGCCGCUGACGCCCUCGCCGAGCAGCUGCAGCACAUGCCCGAGCCGCCGACCGCCAAGAUUGUCGUCAUGUCGUCGUACGAGAAGCUCAACGCCCGCUGGGAGGUCGUCUUUGAUGCCACCCUUGUGCGGCCCAUGCUCCCGCACACCGUCCACGACGCCAUCACCAUGACCUUGACAACCGGCUCAGCCCACGGAUGGCUUUCGGUCGGCUCUGAUUCAAGCUUUGUCACCCGGCUCGCUCCCUUUGACUCGUCCACCACCAACGUUGCUGCCAUCAUCCGCCUCAAGAUGCUCCUGCCCGACGCAUUUAACGUCAUCAUCGUCGACGACAACCAGACUAACCUUGACGUGGCCCAGCUCAUGCUCUCCCGUUUGCGGCUCACCGCCGAGGCCGAAAGCGACCCAGAAGUGGCGCUUGACAAGAUCGUCGCCAACUCGUACGAUCUCGUACUCCUCGACUGCUACAUGCCGUCGCUCUCGGGCUACGAAUUGACCAAGCGGCUGCGCGAGGCCGAAGCUGAGCUGCACCCCUCGCGCCACACCCGCGUCAUCGCCAUGUCUGCCGCAGUCAUGUCGCAAGAAGUCGAAAAGUGCAUGGACGCCGGCAUGGACGGCUUCAUCGCAAAGCCGCUCUUUCUCGACGCUCUCUUCUCCAUGCUCUGCAAGGAGCUCGAGGGCUACCACGCCGCCAUCGAGUCUGCGCUCGUCAACGGUGACUACGCCCCCGAGUACUCGGCCUCAAUCUCGCAGUCCAACUCGGUCUCGACCGCAAUGACCCUUCUCCAAAAGCCCAGCGACAAGGCCUUGCGUGAGCCUGCUGUCGCCUCUGGCUCAUCGUCAGGCUCAGACUCGGACUCGGACUCGGACUCGGACAUGGACUCGGACUCGGGGCGGCUGGCGCGCCUUUCGUACGACUCCAAGCAGAACUCGAUGUGCUCGGCCUCGGUCCCGUCGCUCUGCUCAGCGUCGAUCGAAAAAGUUGAUGUCACCCUUGCUGCCGCCACCGUCAUCCUUGCCGAGGCGCCCAAGCACAUCUACGACGCGCCGCUGUCCGCCGACUCGAGUACGUCAUCCGCCUCAUUGUCCAGUGAUGACCGGGACCGCAAGUCGAAGCGGAAGAAGAAGCGCAAGAGAAAGAAGAGCAAGAGGAAGCUCAAGUCUAAGAUCCCGAGCGCCUCCUCGCCGGUCCCGGGCAUGGAUGUCGUGCCCCCACUCGUUUCCCCAAAGACGACCACGGUGGAUGCCACGUCAAAGUCCACGCUUUUGCUCGGCUCUGCCAAGCCGGCCAGUCGCAAUCCGUCGUCGAGUUCGGAAACGGUGACAACCUCAUCCGAAGCCGAUCUGGCCUCGAUCGACUCAGGCUCAACCGUGGAGACAAUGUCGCUGCACAUGGAACAGGCACCGGUCCGACGGCGGCUGCCCAGGAAGCUGCCACCGGUUCCCGAGUCGUCCAUGUCACGCAGCGCCAUGUCGGAGCCGCCCGUGCCACAGAAGAAGGCCCGGCCCAAGGCCCGCCGCAACGAGCGCGAUCCGACCUGGAUCUACGUCGCCCUCAUUCUCGCUGUCACCGUUAUCGUCAACAAGCUCAUCGACCGGAUGUAG